ACACAGAAUUAUCUGUCAAAUCCGUCAACAACAGCUGUUUAUAAAUUUAACCAAAUUCUUGUAAUUUUCGUGAUUUUCUUUUUAAAAAAAUAAGCAAUGUCCUUAUCAAUAUUACAAAAAUUAUCCCUGCAAUGUCUUAAAGCGGAACAACCUUUGCUUACAACUGUCCGAAAUGCGAGUAAGAAAACUGGAGGUAGUUCGCGUAACAAUCCAAAACACCCUCGACCAAAACAUCGUGGUUGGCGUGUACAAGACGGUUGGUAUGUUUCCCAAGGUACCAUCCUAGCUACUCAAAGAACAACCAGAUUCCAUCCUGGAUUGAAUGUUGGGUUUGGACGGAAUGGAACUUUGUUCGCCAUGGAACAUGGAAAAGUUUACGUAACGUGUGAAAAAUUGGAACCAAAUUGGGAUCAUACAUGGAUACAGCGUCACUACGCCGGUCGCAUGGAUCAACAGAUUCACAAGAAAUUUUUCAAUGUCAUCGCAGAGAAACAACAUCAACGUUUUAAGUUAAUCGAUGAGAUUUAAGUUCCAAGAAAAUAAAAGUAGUUUUAUGAGAAAAAGAA